UUUAUACUACGCGCACUCUCUGUACCCUUUUCCCACUUCACUCUCAUGGCAGCUGAGCUACAGCCACCGGAAGCUCCUAUCACCGCCGGCCCGACAAUUCCAACCACCACAACGACACAGCUGAUAAAUACAGAAGCAUCCUUAACUGCCACAACGACAAUAGCAACCACAACGGCCGUACACGCCGCGGAGAACCACGGCCCCCAAUUGGGCCCCAAAAGGCAGCGACGCCCCAGCGUCCGAUUAGGCGAGAUCGGCGACCAGCCCGCCGCUACUGGCUCAUUUGAAUCACAUAUGCGACGAGCCAGGCCCGGCUGGAGGCUCCCCAAGGACUCCAAAUCGGUCAAGGCCCGGUCAAUCACCAACCUCGUCAACGGCAACGAGUCCAACGAAAUGACGCCGCCCGAUGAGAGGAACCAAAACGGCGACGGAGGGUUCGAGUUCGGGAGCCGGAGAGUCAAGGCGAAGCGAGCCACGGGGACCAAGAGGAUCCGAUCGAAUUGGGCUUCCAAUUCGAAGCUCGACGACGGCGAUAGCAGAGAGGAGGGUGGCGAGUGGUUCAGCGCGGAUCCCGAUCAGGAUAGUCCGGUGAGGGGCAGCACUCCAGUGAACUCGGGGGACGACGCGGGGGAGGAUAUGUGGGAUGGGCAGAGGAGGAUGGCGGGAAAUUGGGCUAGGGCGUCGGUGAGCAGGGAGAAUGAUGCCGUUGAGGCGGAUAACAUGCCGGAGUCGAAUUGGAGUGGGGUGAGGUCGUGGCUGAUAGAAUUGGGGCUGAGCCGGUACACGCCGGUGUUCGAGAUACACGAGGUGGACGACGAGGUGCUGCCGAUGCUGACUUUGGAGGAUCUUAAGGAUAUGGGUAUCAACGCCGUCGGUUCACGGCGGAAAAUGUACGCCGCCAUCCAGAAGCUCCGGAAGGGGUUCUCGAGGAAAACUGUAUGCACUCAUCUGGGCUGUGUGCUUUGAGCGAGGCCAUGGCAAUUUCUUCGUAAGUCAUCAUCGGUCAUCAUCAACUUCAAGCAAUGCCCAGGUCUUUCGAUAUCCAUGAAUCCUUACGUCCAAAGCCGGUUCUCAAGCACAUUCACUUUGUUGGCAAUCGGGGCAGAAGUCAUUGCCUGCGUUCACGAAGUUGAAAAUCCAGUGAAUGUCCUAACAUUCUUUCGUCGGCUUCAAUUUUCGGUUAGUAAUGCACAACCAUCUUUGUUGGAUACCUUGUGCCGGUACACCGGCGGCAGUUAGUCUUGCCUUUUUGAGAGUUUUGCAGAAGAUGUACUUGCAGCAGAUUCACGAGAAAAUGCUGCCAUCAUAUUCUGAAUUAAUCCAGCUAAAACAUAAAAGGAUUGGAGCCUCAAAUUCAUCUAUGUUGUGGGCUUGCCUUGGAUCUUGAAGCCCAACAAAGCAAUCCACGUCCAAGUGCAUUGGUGAUUACGUCACAUACUACUUGAUUUCCCAUGGUUUGGUUUGAUCAUUAACCAAAGAUAAACCAAAUUGAAAAAUGUAAAAGAUGCAUAUUCUUUGAGUUUAUAACUAUUAUGUAUAUAAAAAAAAGAAAACUAAUGAAAAAAGCUUGAAAA